AGUCUAAUAACAAGUCUUUCUACAAAGCGUUCAUUACAUACUCAUCAUAGUCAUAGUCUACUAGGAAAGUCACAAAACUUUCACUAGAAGCCAAUUCUAGUCCACCUGUAUUUUUUAGGCCAAGUCAAAUUUUUCAUAUUAUAACCCAUCAUUCUUUCCCCCUUCUAUAAUGGAUCCUACUUUCUUUUAAAAGCCAUAUUCCUUCCUUGCACCCCAAGUACAUAUACACACACUCACAUAAAUGCAAAUUAUAUAGCCAAACAACCCUUACAAAAGUUUAACAUAUUAUUGUAAUAAGUUUAGUUUAAGGAAAUGGCUAACCUAAACUACUCAAAGAACCAAAGCUCAUGCUAUGAGAGUGAUUGUAAGGCGAUCUACGAGUCAUGGGGAAGGCUAAGCACCAUGGUACAAACAAUCGCGACACAAUCAACACAAGCCGAGAGGAGGGAAAUAAGGGAGACUUACAAAGCAAUGUAUAAUGAAGAUUUAUUGAGUCAUUUGCAAAGGGUUAAGAUUAUGUUGAGUGGUAAAUCAAGCAAUGAGGAGACUAAAUUCUCGGUUGCGACAUGUGAGGCCUUGUUGUUAUGGAUGGUUGAUCCUUGGGAAAGAGAUGCUUGUUUUGCUAAGAAUGCACUUGAAGAAAAUGAGACUGAUUUUAAGGCUUUGGUUGAAAUUUUUGUUGGUAGGAAAUCAAGCCAUAUUCUUAUGAUUAAACAGGCUUAUCAAAAUAGGUUUAAGAGGCAACUUGAUCAUGAUUUUGUCAACUUAGAACCUCCUCAUCCUUGCCAAAAGAUUUUGGUAGCAUUGGCAACAUCCCAUAAAGCUCACAAUGUUGAUGUGAGCCAAGACAUAGCAAAAUGUGAUGCAAUGAGGCUCUAUCAAACAGGGGAAGCAAGUUCAGGAUGCAUUAAUCAAGCUGUAGUUCUUGAAAUUCUAAGUAAAAGAAGUAUCCCUCAGCUUAAACUCACCUUUUCGUCGUAUAAACGCAUCUUCGGCCACAGUUACACAAAGCAACUCAAGAAGGUUAAUUCGACACAAUUUGAGGACUCAUUGAGAAAUUUAGUGGAUUGCAUCCAAGACCCUCCCAAAUACUAUGCCAAGAUGUUGCAAAGUUGCAUGAUGAAAGGCGAGGAAACGAACAAGAAAUCCUUGACACGGUUAAUGGUGAGCAGAGCUGAGAUCGACAUGGGUGAUAUUCAAAAGGUAUUCAGGAAGAAAUAUGGGAUGGAACUUAGAGAUGCAAUAUGUCAAGCCAUUCCUGCAGGGGAUUACAGAGAUUUUAUGUUAGCAUUGGCUAACAAUUUUCGUUAAUUGUGGUAGCCUUAACUAGUAGAAAAUUAAUGAUACAUAUAUGUAAUUGUGUUAAAAUUAAUCAUCAUUAUUAAAGUUAGAAGACUAUGAUUAGUUAAAACUAAAAAUAAAUGAUACAUAUUAUGCUGAAGUGUGUAACCUUUGAUGUAAGAAUAUAAGGCUAUGAGUAUAAGUUGUAUAACUAACUACAGUAGCUUUUAAGACAAUGAUGUAAAUGAGCCUGGUUGCUUUUCCA